AUGGCCAUGUCCGAUCUGCUGUUUCCGAUUUUCUUGAUUCCUUGGAGGAUUCAAACGCUCUAUAAAGACUCCUGGCUGAUCGGUGGUCCUCUUGGCCAGGUCUUAUGUAAGCUGGUUUCCUUCUUACCAAAAGUUUCCUCUACUGUGUCUAUUCAGAGCCUGGUUCUGAUAGCAGUGGAUCGAUUUGGAGCUGUGGUAUUUCCUCUCCGUUUGCCACUUAUCAGUUCAAAGCUGUGCCCGUUCUUGAUUCUCGCUACUUGGAUCGUCGCGAUGGCUAUUUUCUCUCCACAGCUCUUCGUCAACAAAGUUGUUGAAUAUCCAGAAAAGCUGGUUUGUCAGCUGCAUUGGAGUGAAGUUUUUGGAGAGUCCUCAUCCUACGAGCAUUACAUGAUAUCCUAUAUUGUUUUAUUCGGUUUUGUCCCGCUGGUGUUGAUAGCCAUACUUUACAUUACCAUCUAUCUAAAGCUCAAGUCAAAGAAGAUUCCAGGCGAACAAUCAACCAACGCUGGUCAACAACGCCAGCAAAGGGAGCGGAAUGUGCUAAAGAUGGCCAUUGCUAUUGUGCUAGGGUUUGCAGUAUGCUUGCUGCCCAUCACUAUCUUCUGGUGUAUUCUCCUCUUUACGGACACCAUCAUAUGGCCGAAUUGUGGCGAUCCAUACUUUGAAUAUGUGGCUAGAUUAAUAGCUACUGCAAAUUGUGCCAUAAAUCCUUGUAUCUGUUUAAUUUUCAGCAGAAAUUACCGUAAUGGGCUUAAGGCUCUCUUCAGAUAA